CUGUCAGUUGUCCAGCCUACAGGAGCGCCCACAUGUCCUGCUAGUGAUGAAACUUGAAGAAGAGGCUGUAGAGAGUUUGCAGUUAAACUUUAUCUCAUCCAGACUGAACAAAUCCCCUCAGAGCUAAACUCCAGAACCAGGACGGCCCAUAAAACACCACGAAGAUGCUGCCACUGCUCCUGCUCAUCAUUGUUUUACACAGGGGUGGGAAGCUGGAUAGAGUUAAUGGAAAGAUGGAUGGAGCAGGAAAAUCCUGGAAGAAAAGCUGUGAGACUCUGCCGAAGACCUGCGACUGGCGUAGAAGUUCACCUUCCAGCAGAUAAAGGAUACUAAACAUGCAACCAGAGCUAUAAGGGAAUGGUUUUGAUAAAAUAAUAUUCAGCCAUUAGGUUGGCCCAGACUAAAUUCAGUUUGGGAAUCUCUAGCGAGACUUGAUGAUUGGACAGUUUCUGUCAAAUCUGUCCAGGCUGUGCUAUUUUGGAUAGAAGAUUUUAGUGUCUGUUUGGUCAAAUGCUUAUAUUCAUACUUCAUGUUAUCAACCCUCAUUGUUGGGUCACUGUCAUGCGUGUCUGUCCGACGUCCGUGUAUGUGUCUGUUUGGGUUUGAGCUAAGGUUGAAGAGACACAUCACUGAAGAAGGUUAUCAGGUCGGGAUAAAGGAGUUUGUCAGAAGAUGAUUCAUCACCAGCAUUCCUGCACAGCACCGCUCCUGGCACCACCUGGAUGUCACAUGUGUCUGUCGGUGACUGUAAGCACCAGUAAACCCAAAGUGGAGAUCCAUGAGCACACAGAUGCCGUGUUGUCCUGUGAGUUCAAAACAGAAAAAGACCAGAACCCUCGAAUUGAGUGGAAAAAGAAAGGAAAAGGAGUGACUUUUGUUUACUUCGACAAGAAAUUUGCCAAGUCCUACGCAGAACGGGCUAAAAUAGAGGGAGCGACGUUGACAAUACACUCUGUCACCCAGAAAGACUCAGGAGAAUAUCGUUGUGAAGUGACUGCCAGGGAAGACCACGUUAACCUCGGAGAGGCCACAGUGACCCUCAAUGUGCUUGUGCCUCCUCACGUCCCAUCGUGCGAGGUGCCGAGCUCUGUGUUUGUCGGCACUGGCCUUGAACUGUUCUGUAAGGACAAGCUCAGCAUGCCUCCUGCCACCUACCGCUGGUACAAAGACAGCAAGGCUCUGACGGCCACUGGAGAUGCUCCGUACAGCAUGGACACAAACAAGGGCACAUUGAAGUUCAAGAGUGUGUCCAAAGAAGACACAGGGAUGUACCGCUGUGAGUCCUCCAAUAGUGUGGGGGCACCAAAGAGCUGUGUAGCCAAACAGCUCACAGUUGUUGAAUAUCCAUGGAAUAUGACAAUGUUAAUAGCAGGUACAUCAGGGUUUGUGGCACUGAUCCUUUUCUGCUGCAUCUGCAUCUGUGUCUGCCGCCGCCGAGGCUGCUGCAAGAAGAACAGGAAGACAAAAAGCACCAAGUCCUACAACCCUCCCCCGCCUCUUCCUCCUCCCACCCACAACCUCAAGCACUACAAACAAACUCAAUCCUUCAUGAUCUGAGGGGACAGCACUGGUUUCGUCAAAUAUCCAAAGUGUACAGCAGGAACGCUUGCGUGCUCUGCUGCAGGCGGAGAAAUCUUCAGCUAUCAGGUUAAGGCAGAGACAACGUUUCACAGCCCCUUCAUGUUUGGUCGGUUUUAUCCAGUGAAAGACCCGACAGUGCAAAGCCAAGUGUACACCAUCGUUAAUAAAUCCUGUAAGAUA